AUGCUGCUGCUGGAUUUCGCCCUCUGGAUCAUCCCUUUCACGCUCAUCGUCGCGCCAUUGAGGAGGUUCACGUCUCUACUCGCCCAGUUCCAGCAGAUUCAUGAGAAUAUGCGCAGCCCCCGCCACGGGAUUCCCAGUUUCUGGAGCCUUCUGGCGAGGUCUCACCUGUGA